CAUGAUGUGCUCCCAUAUCGAAGUGGUUUAAAUAUGGUGCUUCUCCUCUCCUUGGCUUCUUGCCCUGCCAACUCCUCCCUUGUUGCAAGUAAGAUCUGAGAGAGAGAAGAGUUUAAAAGCCUCAUUAAGCACAAGUGGCAUCUCUGUGUGCUCCAAUGAACAUCAUGGUGCUUUCCAUCUGGCUCUUGCUCUCAUUCACAGUCGCCCCGGGUCUGGCGGCACCCACGUCCACGCCGAAGGGAGCCGCCUCUCCUUCCCCUACUGCGCACACUGACUUGAAAACGGCCACAGAAUACCUUAAGCGCUACUACGAGCUGCAAGAAGAGCCCCUGGAAGGCCGAAAGCCGAGCGGCCUCUCCUUUGCGUCUAAGCUGAAAGAGAUGCAGACCUUCUUCAGGCUCAAUGCAACAGGAAAUCUAGAUCAGGACACCAUGCAGGUCAUGAGGAGGCCUCGCUGCGGCAAUCCAGAUUCCGAAGAGUCCAGCGGUCAUACCCAAGGGGCACAAUGGCACAAGAAGGUCAUCACGUACAGCAUUGGCAGGUAUACCAAAGACAUGCCUCGCAGCACCGUCGACUCCCUGCUCAAGUCCGCUCUCAGCGUCUGGGCCAGAGCCAGCGGUCUGACAUUUGUCCGCUCGCACACCCGCCCCGCCGACAUCACGGUGGAGUUUGUCACCCAGGAACAUGGUGAUUCAUAUCCAUUUGAUGGACCCGGUGGCUCGUUGGCUCACGCUUUUGGUCCAGGACAGGACGUCGCAGGAGAAAUGCACUUUGAUGAUGAUGAACGCUGGACAGCAACAGGCACAUCUGGAUCGAAUCUUUUGGUGGUGGCUGCACAUGAAUUAGGCCACACGUUGGGUCUAAAGCACUCAAGGAACCCUGCAUCACUCAUGCACCCCAACUACAAGGUCGUUCCCUCAGGGGCCAACCUCCUCUCCAGAGAAGAUGUCAGCGAUAUCGUCGCACUUUACCAUCGGCGACACUAUCUUUCAGGACUGUUCCCCCGAAUCAUACGAAACAGAUGUGCUCCUGAUGUGACGUUCGAUGCCGUCUCCACACUCGGGGAUGCCACCAUCUUCUUCAAAGACAGAUAUCUUUGGAUGAAACACAAUAAGGAGAACGAUAUCAAAGAAGGUCCAAUCACCAACUUUAUGCCUAAGAUCGAAACCAGAAUUGACGCGGCCUUCUGGGUUCCGCGCAGGUCCACCGCUUACCUCAUUCACGAAUCAAUGUUCUGGACGGUGAAAGGUUCUGUCGUCAAAGGAAAGCCCAGAGCUCUGUGCCACUUUGGCUUUCCCGCCUGGGUGCAGGACGUCGAUGCUGCUGUGCACAUCGCCGCAACGGGACGCACCCUCUUCUUCAUGCAUGACAUUUAUUGGAGCUUCAAUGAAAACAGAAGAGUGAUGGACUUUGGUUACCCGAAGUACAUCAGCGAGGACUUUCCUGCACUCAACUCAACAAUCAAUGCCGCCAUUCACAAAGACGGUUUCAUCUAUUUCUUUGUUGGACCACAAGUGUACAAGUACGACUACGCCAACAAGCGCGUCGCUGGAGUUGAGAGGGCAAAUUCUUGGCUGGGCUGUUGAUGCUCAGCAAUGACCCGGUUGUCGUCAGCAGAAUACGGAUCACAUGAGAAACACUCUCCACUUCAUUACCUGCGAGAUGUCGGUAAUGGAAAUAAAGGAUUUCUAUUUAAACCUGA